AUGAAGGAAACAAAGCCAGAGGGAACUCGUCGAGGACAAAAGCCCGCCAUGAAGAAAUCAAAGUCAAACGAAACGUCUUCAGGCGACGUCUGGACCGAAGCCGAGAACGCAGAGCUCUUACAAUACUACACCUACUGUCUCGCCCAGCACAACGAAUGUGUCAAGAACCUCGAGGUUCUCCACCAAAAGGAACAAGAAAUGAAACUGCUCCUCCCGCAGAAGGAGGGCAACAAGAAAUUCCAGGCGCAGUACGACGAACUUAGACGCAGAGCCACCAAGGAAGUAGCUUUGAUGGGAGAGUACUUUGAUCUUCUGAGUUUUAUUGAAGGGGAGAUGGAUGCUUGUGGGUUGACAGACUUUUGA